UUUGCGAUCCUCCGCCGACCAGCAGCAGCAGCAUGCGCUCGAUCCGCGUCUCCAUUGACCGAGGCGGUACCUUCACCGACGUCUACGCCGAGAUGACGACGCCCAACGGUAUCGACGUCCAGGUCAUCAAGCUCCUCUCGGAGGACCCGGCCAACUACCCGGACGCGCCCCGGGAGGGCAUUCGCCGCAUCUUGGAGCUCUUCACGGGCGUCCCGCACCCACGCGGGCAGCCCGUGGACACGUCGCGCCUCGAGUACAUCCGCAUGGGCACGACGGUCGCGACCAACGCGCUCUUGGAGCGCAACGGCGAGCGCACGGCGCUCGUCAUCACAAAGGGCUUCAAAGACCUCCUUUACAUUGGCAAUCAGUCGCGGCCCAAGAUUUUCGACCUCGAGAUCACGACGCCCGACAUGCUGUACGAAGACGUCGUCGAAGUCAGCGAGCGCGUCCAGCUCGUCUACGGCAACGCCCGUGAGGCAACCGACAUCCAGGGCAUUAGCGGCGACUACGUGCGCGUUCUCGAGCCGCCCAACGUCACCGAGCUCCGCCAGCAGCUGCAGGCGCUUCGCACGAAAGGCAUCAAGAGCAUCGCCGUCGUGCUCACGCACUCGUACACGUUUCCUCGCCACGAACAAGCGAUCGGUGCGAUUGCCAAGGAGCUCGGGUUUACCCAGAUUUCGCUCUCGUCUGAGAUCAUGCCCAUGAUCAAGAUGGUGCCGCGUGGCUUCACGUCGUGCGCCGACGCGUACUUAACGCCGGUCAUCAAGGACUACCUCGCGUCCUUUUGCUCGGGCUUUGACGCGGGCCUCGCCAACGUCAAGAUUAGCUUCAUGCAGUCGGACGGCGGCCUCACGCCCAUGGCGAGCUUCUGCGGCAACCGUGCGAUCUUGUCGGGACCGGCCGGCGGUGUCGUCGGGUAUGCGCGCACGACGCGCCCGCCCACCCACGGCCACCACGCGCAGUCGUCGCUCCCUGUCAUUGGCUUUGACAUGGGCGGCACAUCCACCGACGUCUCGCGCUUCGACGGCAAUUUCGACCACGUCUUUGAGAGCGUCACGGCCAACGUCCCGAUCCGCGCGCCGCAGCUCGACAUCCAAACGGUCGCGGCCGGCGGCGGCUCGCGCCUCUUCUACAAGAACAACAUGUUUGUCGUCGGGCCCGAGAGCGUCCGCGCGCACCCCGGCCCUGUCUGCUACCGCAAGAACGGGUACCUGAGCGUCACGGACGCCAACCUCGUCACGGGUCGGAUUCUCCCCAAGUACUUUCCCCACAUCUUUGGCCCGCACGAGAACGAGCCGUUGGACCUCGACGGCGCGCGCAAGGCGUUCGAAGCACUCACGGCCGAGAUCAACGCGAGCCAGAGCGUCACGUACUCGGUCGAAGAAGUCGCGUCCGGCUUUCUCCGCGUCGCCAACGAAGCCAUGUGCCGCCCGAUUCGCAACUUGACGCAGAUGCGCGGGUAUGACAUUAGCACACACGUCCUAGCGUGUUUUGGCGGCGCCGGUCCGCAGCACGCGUGCGCCAUCGCCAAGGCUCUCGGCAUGACUAAGGUCUACGUCCAGCGCUACAGUGGCAUCCUCUCGGCGUACGGCCUCAGCUUGGCCGACAGCGUCAUUGACAAGCAACUCCCAGCGUCGUCGACGUACUCGGCCGCGGCCAAGCCAAGUGUCGUGGCCAACCUGCUCGAGCUCGCCAACGUCGUCCGCAGCGACCUCAAGGCCGAGGGCUUCGACGAAGCGUUCUGCACGCUCGACUACUACCUCAACCUGCGCUACGAGGGCACGGACACGGCGCUCAUGACGCGCUGCCUCGUCACCAAUCCAUUGGCGCCGAUCACGCAAUCGCUCCAAGCCUUUGACUUUGAAGCGGCGUUUUUGGAAAAGUACCAACAAGAAUUUGGCUUCCUCCUCAGCCAGCGCGCGAUCCUCAUUGACGACAUCCGUGUGCGCGGCACGUUCUCGCCGCCGUCCAAUAAGGCGAACGAUGACGCGCGCGCGUCGGCGUCGGCGGCCAUCGCGGCACCGCAUGCGACGACGCCGCUCUACUUUGACGACGCCAAGCUCUGGAAGCACGUGCCGGUCUACCGCCACAGCGACAUGCUGGGCACGGCGACGCACCUUCUCGGCCCUGCGGUCAUUAUGCAGAACCAGGCGACCGUGGUCGUCGAGAACGACUGGCACGCCGAGAUCCUCCCGAACGGCGAUCUCUACUUGUACCUUGGCGACCAGCAAGAGUCGGCCGACGACGCAUUGGACCUGCGCCACGUGCCCGUCGUCAUGGACCCGAUCCAGCUCUCGGUGUUUUCGCACCGCUUCAUGGGCAUCGCCGAGCAGAUGGGUCGGACGCUCGCGCGCACGUCUGUCUCGGUCAACAUCAAGGAGCGCCUCGACUUUUCGUGUGCGCUCUUCGGCCCGGACGGCGGCCUUGUCGCGAACGCGCCGCACUUGCCCGUGCACCUCGGCGCCAUGCAGCAAGCCGUUCGCUUUCAGAUGGAGUACUGGGGCGAGAACAUUCGCGAAGGCGACGUGCUCGUGUCCAACCACCCGCAGCUCGCGGGCGGGAGCCACCUCCCGGACAUUACGGUCAUGACGCCAGUCUUUGAGCACGGCAAGAUCGUCUUCUUCGUCGCGAGCCGCGGCCACCACGCCGACAUUGGCGGCAUUGCGCCGGGCUCGAUGCCGCCGCUCUCCAAGUGCUUGGCGGAAGAAGGCGCGGCCAUCGUCGCGUUCAAGCUCGUGGACGGCCGCGACGGCCAGUUCCAGGAGGCCGGCAUCACCGACAUCUUGCUACAAAAGGGCAAAGUCGACAGCCUCGGGCGGCCCGCGAUCGGCACGCGCAACCUCCGCGACAACCUCUCGGACCUCAAGGCGCAGGUCGCGGCGAAUCAAAAGGGCGUCCACCUCAUGCAGGACCUCAUUCGAGAGUACACGCUCCGCGUCGUCACGGCGUAUAUGACGUUCAUCCAAGAGACGGCCGAGCAGGCCGUGCGCACGAUGCUGCACGAGUUCUCGCUCGCGCAGGGCCUCCCCGAGGUCGGCAGCGUCGCUGCAGAGGACUUUAUGGACGACGGGACGCGUCUCGCGCUUCAAAUCACGAUCGACCGCCGCAAUGACAGCGCGAUCUUUGACUUUACCGGCACGGGCGCCGAGGUCUUUGGCAACAUCAACGCGCCGCCCGCCGUGACGUACUCGGCCAUCAUCUACUGCCUCCGCUGCCUCCUCAUUGGCGACGACCUUCCGCUCAACCAAGGCUGCUUGACGCCGAUCCAAGUCAUCUUCCCGAAGGACGGCAGCAUCCUCAACCCGAGCUCGACGGCGGCCGUUGUCGGUGGCAACGUGCUCACGUCCCAGCGCGUGACGGACGUCAUCUUCCUCGCGUUCCGGGCGGCCGCGGCGUCCCAAGGCUGCAUGAACAACCUCACGUUUGGCUCGGACACGCUCGGCGGCUACUACGAGACCAUCGCCGGUGGCGCCGGCGCCGGCCCGCACUGGCACGGCCGCAGCGGAGUGCACACGCACAUGACUAACACGCGCAUCACGGACCCCGAGAUCCUCGAGAAGCGCUUUCCGGUCCUCCUCGAGUCGUUUGGGCUGCGCCCGGGUUCGGGCGGCCGCGGCCACUUCAACGGCGGCGACGGGGUCGUGCGCGCGCUCAAGUUUUUGGAGCCGAUGACGGUGAGCAUUCUCUCGGAGCGCCGCGCGUUCCAGCCGUACGGUCUCGAGGGUGGCGAGCCCGGAGCCCGCGGCCAGAACCUUUUGCGGUACCCGGACGGCCGUCAAGUCAACCUCGGCGGCAAAAACACGGUGCAAGUGACGCCGGGCGAUGUGCUCACGAUUCGGUCGCCCGGUGGCGGCGGCUACGGCCCCUCCGCUUAGUGGAUGUCGUUGAACGUCAAAUGGAGAAUUGUAUUGUCGGC